GGCCGGGGCCGUCCGGGGCCGACCCCGCCAUGUGGGAGCCCCGCGGAGCGGAAGCGUGCGCCGCGGCCCUCGGCGGGGCGCUCUUCCUGCUGCUGUUCGCGCUGGGGGUGCGCCAGCUGCUGAAGCAGAGGCGGCCGCGGGGCUUUCCCCCGGGGCCGUCGGGGCUGCCGUUCAUCGGCAACAUCUACUCGCUGGCCACCUCGGCCGAGCUCCCGCACGUCUACAUGCGCACGCAGAGCCGGGUGUACGGCGAGAUCUUCAGCUUGGACCUGGGAGGCAUCUCGACGGUGGUUCUAAAUGGCUACGACGUAGUGAAGGAAUGCCUCGUUCAGCAAAGUGAAAUUUUUGCAGAUAGACCGUGCCUUCCUUUGUUCAUGAAGAUGACAAAAAUGGGAGGCUUACUCAAUUCCAGAUAUAACCGAGGCUGGGUUGAUCACAGGAGAGUAGCUGUAAACAGCUUUCGCUGUUUUGGGUACGGCCAAAAGUCUUUUGAAUCGAAAAUCUUAGAAGAAACCAAAUUUUUCAUCGAUGCUGUCGACACAUACAAAGGUAGACCAUUCGACUUUAAACAGUUAAUCACAAAUGCUGUUUCAAACAUAACCAACCUGAUCCUUUUUGGAGAACGAUUCACUUAUGAAGACACUGACUUCCAACACAUGAUUCAGUUGUUUAGUGAAAACGUGGAGUUAGCAGCCAGCGCCACCGUGUUCCUGUAUAACGCCUUCCCCUGGAUGGACGUCCUGCCUUUUGGCAAACACCAACAAUUAUUCAGAAACGCAGCGAUUGUCUAUGACUUUCUCUCCGGACUUGUUGACAAAGUCUCUGCCCACAGGAAGCCUCACUCGCCUCAGCAUUUUGUUGAUGCUUACUUAGACGAGAUGGAUCGAGGUAAAAACGACCCAUCAUCUACUUUCUCUCAAGAAAACCUCAUCUUCUCGGUGGGCGAACUCAUCAUCGCCGGAACUGAAACGACCACCAAUGUACUGCGGUGGGGAGUUCUUUUCAUGGCUCUUUAUCCGAACAUUCAAGGACAAGUUCAGAAAGAAAUUGAUUUAAUUCUGGGUCCCAGUGGGAAGCCUUCUUGGGAUGACAAAUGCAAAAUGCCUUAUACUGAGGCAGUGUUGCAUGAAGUUUUAAGAUUCUGUAAUAUAGUUCCAUUAGGGAUUUUUCAUGCCACCUCUGAAGAUGCCGUUGUACGAGGUUAUUCCAUUCCAAAAGGCACCACGGUAAUCACAAAUCUUUAUUCUGUACACUUUGAUGAAAAGUACUGGAAAGACCCAGAAAUUUUCUACCCUGAGCGAUUUCUGGACAGCAGUGGAUAUUUCGCCAAGAAAGAAGCUUUCGUUCCUUUUUCCCUAGGGAGAAGACAUUGCCUUGGAGAGCAAUUGGCUCGGAUGGAAAUGUUCCUGUUCUUCACCGCCUUGCUUCAGCGGUUCCACUGGCAUUUCCCACACGAACUGGCCCCAGAUCUGAAGCCCAGGUUAGGCAUGACACUGCAACCCCAGCCCUACUUCAUCUGUGCAAAAAGACGCUGAAAAGACAUGUUUUGUGGGAAAGCAGCGAUCCAUUCACUUCACCCCAAGCACGGUUCAGUCUAAUCACUGCUUAUCCGGACAAAAGUGAUAGGUAGCGUCAGCAAGCCACUCGAGCCCAGGUGUGUCUUUAAAAAGAAUACUAAAGCAAUGGCAAGCAGUGGCUGUCCUUCUUUAUUUUCCUUCAAACUUCUCCAACUGCUGAGGUUGAAUUAGCCAUUGUAGGAAGCAAAGAUACUCAGAGGAGUCCAUGGUUACCCAAACCACAGCCUGACUUCCCAGCUUCUUGCUUAGAAUCAGGUCCCCCAGUGGCCCCAUCCUGAAGGUCUUGGCUUCCAAAUACUAAUGUCUGUAUCCUCUGACCAGGCCUUACCAUUAAUAAUUUGUGUGGUACUUAACCAAUUUAAUAGAGAACUAAAGAAAUUAGAGCCCCUUUAAGUGGGUUUGGACUAAAGAGUCAUUUAGACAUGGUGCUGGGUGAUGGAAGAAAUAUCUACAUAUUUAAUGCAGAGCCUACCAGAACCUUCAAUUCUUUUAAAUUUUUGAUUAGUGCUUUAAUAAUGAUUAACAAGAUUGUGAAAUAAUAGGGGUACAAUUUCACACAGUUCCCACCACCAGAGUUCCCUGUCCAAUCCCCUCCAUCGGAAGCUUCCCUAUUCUUUAUCCCUUUGGGAAUGUGGAUCAAAAUUCUUUAUGGGGUGCAGAAGGUGGGAGGUCUGGCUUCUGUAACUGCUUCUCUGCUGGACAUGGACGUUGGCAGGUGGAUCCAUACCCCCAGCCUGUUUCUGUCUUUCCCUAGUGGGGCAGGGCUUUGGGGAGGGAAGGUUCCGGGACACAUUGGUGAGGUCCUCUGCCCAGAUAAGUUAGGAUGGCAUCAUGGUAGCACCUGCAACUUGGUGGCUGAAAGGCAGUAAGAUAUAAAGUAGAGCAAGUCGUUUAAUAAGCAGGAACCCAAAGGCAGAAACUUCAAUCCUUGAACACUACUAUAUCUUCCUAAGGAUUGUAGGGAGUCAGGCAGUAGCGAGGCGGGUUAAGUGCACGUGGUGUGAAGCCAAGGACCAGAGUAAGGAUCCCGGUUUGAGCCCCAGCUCCCCACCUGCAGGGGAGUAACUUCACAGGCGGUGAAGCAGGUCUGCAGGUGUCUGUCUUUCUCUCCCUCUCUCUGGCUUCCCCUCCUCUCUCCAUUUCUCUCUGUCCUAUCUAACAAUGACAAUAUCAGUAACAACAACAAUAAUAACUACAACAACAAUAAGAAACAAGGGCAACAAAAGGGAAAAAUAAAUAAAAAUAAAAGAAUUGUUAUCCUACCCUGUAAAUCCCUAAAUUCCCUAAGUAUUCAUACUUAUAGCAGCAGCUCAGUGGACAGGAUGUUUUGAUAAUGUUUUUAAAUGUAAAAGGACAUAUUACUGUUAGUUCUUUGGAGUCAUGGACAUUACUGCCUUUUACUGAAGCCAAUCACAGAAUUUAAAGACUGAAUCUUUUUUAAUUUUUAGAGGUUUUUAGGAAUUUACUCAGAUUCAGAUUUUUUUUUUUUUAUUCAGAGCACUGCUCAGCUCUAGUUUAUGAUGGUAUUGGGGACUGAACCUGGGACCUUAGAGUCUCAGGCACAAGAGUCCUGUGCAGAACCAUUAUGCUAUCUACCCAGCCCACUAUAGAAAUUUACAUAGUAUGACACUUGAAAGUAACGGGGUACUAUUAAUAAUUAUACCAGGGAAGCAAACAUAAAUUAUGACCCUCUUGAACAAGCUGACAUGUAUAUUUAUGUACCCAUUUGAUGAUUUUUUUUAUUGUUAUAGUUGUUGUUGUUGGAUAGGAUAGAGAGAAAUGGAGAGAAGAGGGGAAGACAGAGAGGGGGAGAGAAAGACUGACACCUGCAGACCUGCUUCACCGCCUGUGAAGUGACUCCCUUGCAUGUGGGGAUCCGGGGGCUCGAACCAGUAUCCUUACCUGGCCCUUGCACUUUGCGCCACCUGCGCUUAACCCACUGCAUUACCACCCGACUCCCUUUUUUUUUUUUUUUUUACAUUUUUAAAGUUCUACAUUAAGUGUUCAAACUCCUAAAACUUGCCUCAUCAAUAAUUUCAGCCUCAAAAUGAAUGUAAGUGGAUUUGAGCUGAAUUUGACAUUUGCUGAAUACUGACACAUUCCUGUGUGCUAAGUCAGGACUCUCUGCACCUCUGAUGUAUUAAGAUGUUUCCAGACACAAGGAGAACAUCGUCUGCAAGUCCAUUGAAAUAAUGAAAGGAAAUCUAGAAGUAGGAUGCCAGCCGCAGGGUGUGACCUAGGCGCCUCAUGGUGCAGCUCAGCAUUCCGUUUCUUCUCAUCCCCCCUUUUUUUAAUUUUAAUUUUAAUUUUUAUAGAGGUAGAAAGGCAGCAAGACAGAGAGAAACUCAAGGAGACCUUAGCAGCAAACUUUCCUUCCAUGUGGCGAGGGCCGGGCUUGCAGCAGGGUCACUCACGCACACCGCAACACUGCGCGCUACCCGCGUGAGCCGCUCCGCCAGCCCUCUUCCCACCCCGUCAUGGUGUCAGGUUUAUGUUGAGGCUGGCUGACAGGAUACUUGGAGUGAGUUUGAGGUGUUCCUGGAGAAGCAAGCGAACUUUUUUUUGGCC